UAUUGCCCUGAUACUCAUCCUUGAUUAUCUUGUCACUGCUCGAAUUAUACAACUCUACUAUACAGCAACCAUGCGAGCUUACUUCUACGAUGGCCUUCCAGGCGACCAGCGCCUCCCCCACAACUCUGGAAAGCCCGUCAGCGUCGAUGAUCUCAUGAACAUUGGUGUUUACUACUACCAUCUUCCCGAGCUCGAACAGGUCGAUAACCUUUCAAAGGAGCGCGAAUAUAAGAACCGUGACGAGAUCACCGUCUCUCCUCAGGCCAUGGGCGACAUUUACGAGACAAAGGUCAAGUCUUUCUUCGCCGAGCACCUACACGAGGACGAGGAGAUCCGCUACAUUCUUGGUGGACGUGGAUACUUUGAUGUUCGAAGCAAGGACGAUGACUGGGUGCGCGUUUUGCUCGAGAAGAAUGACUUGCUUAUUCUCCCUCCUGGUAUCUACCACCGCUUCACCACUGACGAGAGCAACUUCGUCCAUGCCAUGCGACUGUUCAAGGAGGACCCCAAGUGGACACCACUGAACCGCGGCCCCGAUGUCGACAAGAACGAGCACCGACAAGAAUACGUGAAGCAGUUCAUUGGCGAGUCUACCGAGUAAGAAGCCCACGUGGGAAACAAGUCGUCUUUGAUUGUAGGGGCUAAGUAGCAGGAGAUCAACCACAUUACCGGUCCAACUCAAGAGCCAGCAAGCAUAAAUACCGCUGCUUGAAGAUUCUGCGCCGCAAUGGAGAGCCCAGCGUUGACGUGACGAGGAGGG